GUUAACCAUUUGCAGUACAUAAAAAUAACUGUGAUAAUACGGUAACCAGUAUUUGUCGGUAAAAAAAAAAGAAUUUUACAGUUUAACUGAAAAUGGCGUCGUUUACGUUGGCUCGUGUUUGUCGCACUUGUUUAAAACAUCCCAGAAAUAUGCAAAAAUUAAGCAAUUUAUUAGAAAAUGGCAUCAAAAUCGAAGAUAUCCUUCAACAAACUAUACCAAAUUUUGAGCUUAAAUUGCAGGGCAUGCAGCUGCCUGAAGAAAUUUGUAAAACUUGUCUUAAUAAAUUGAAAAAAGCCUACGAUUUUGUGCAAAUAUGUGAAAGGAGCAACAAGGAAUUGCAAAAUAUUUGGAAGCAACGGGAGCAGGACACGUUAACUGAAAACAAUACAAAGGACAAUGUAAAGCAAGAGUUGACAGUUACUCCUAUUGAAGAUUCCCCACAAGACAUGGGAAAAAUUGAAAAAGCAAAUGAAAGUGAUGCGGAAGACAAUAGCAGCUCAGAGUAUUCUUGGCCUAUUCUAGAAGAAUAUAAUGGAGGAAGUUACUUUGAUAUAAGUUCCACACAAACUUCUGAAGAGUUAGAAUUGGAAAUUGAAAAAUCAAAUAAGAAUAAAACAAAAUACACUAGCGACUCUGAGGAUUCUUGGGAUAAAAAUAAUAGUGAAAGCAGUAGCAGUGAAAAUGAUACAACAGCUUCACCACCAACUAAAAAAACAUUAUUAACUGGACACUUAGCAAAGGAAUUUGCUUGUCACAUGUGUAGCUAUCGUUAUUCAACCGAAAGAAAACUUAUAAAUCACUUAGUUUGGAUACACAAAUUUAAAGCCAGUAAUUUACAUAAGGGACACUAUGACUGUGAGUACUGUCCGUUUACAUUUUAUGAAAAAAUGGAAUGGGCCAAUCAUGAUUGUAUGAAAAUAAAAGGAAAUCGAAAAUUGUGUAGCUUUUAUUUUGAUGCUUGGCCACGAAAAAAUCAAUUCAAUGAAGGACCCUUUAUUUGCAGAUAUUGUUCGCUAAAAUUUUAUGAAAAAUCGGAUUUGUAUGAUCAUGGUUGUAAUAUGAAAGCAAAAAAACAAAAGCUAAAGCGUCGACAUUAAAAAUAAGCAUACAUGGAAAUUAAAAAGAUAAUCUUUAUUUUUAAGUAAAUAUAUAUAAGAUUUUAAGGAAUAAUUUGAAAUAAAAAACAAUUGUUUUUAAAGUUAACUUAAAAGCUUCCUUCCAAUUUAAAAAAAAAACUUUCAAGAUCGUGCUAACCAUUUCUAGUACACUACGCUAAUUUAAAUGUAAACAAUAAAAAAUGAAUUUAAAAAACUUUCAAGGCGUGCUAACCAUUUCUAGUACACUAUGCUGAUUUAAAUGAAAACAAAAAAAUGAAUUUAUUAUUUAAACAAAUAUUGAAAUUUUUUUUAUAAAAUAUAUAAA